AUGGCUCUAACUCGAGGAGAGUUGCUCUCUAUGGCAAAACGGGUAUCCUUCGAGAUCCCGGAGCAUGAGAUUGAAGACUAUGAAAUGUUGCUUGCGCGCACGAAAAAGACGUUGGAAACCGUGGCGACGAUGGAUGAUUACCAGCCUGAACCGGACCAGACCACCAGCCCUAGACAAAAUAUCCGCUUCCCACAGCCAGCAGAGAAUCCUCUUGGAGCAUGGGCCUGGCGCUUCGAGCUAUCUUCGAGCGCGCCAAACGCCAACAUGCUAAAAGGAAAGAGCGUCUGUCUGAAAGACAACAUCUGCGUGGCCGGCGUGCCCUGUCUCCUUGGCACGGAAACCUUCCGCAACUGGAUCCCGCACACAGACGCCACCGUUGUAUCGCGCAUCAUUGAUUCCGGAGGCAUCAUCACCGGUAAGGCUGUAUGCGAGAACUUGUCCCGUGGCGCGGUCAGUUCAACGGCUGCGACGGGUCCAGUGCACAACCCGUAUGCGCGUGGCUAUUCAGUGGGCGGCAGUAGCUCAGGCACGGCGGCCCUGGUGGCCAGCGGCGCCGCGGACAUGGGAAUCGGAUGCGACCAAGGAGGUAGCAUCCGCAUCCCGGCUGCCCUGACGGGUCUGUAUGGGUUCAAGCCGACGACCGGAUUAGUACCAUACAGUGGCAUCGCGAGCAAUGAUGCGAGCUUGGAUUAUGUUGGGCCUAUGACGACUACGUGUCAUGACAAUGCUGUGUUGCUGGAGGCAAUUGCUGGCGCGGAUGGUCUGGAUGAUCGCUCCGGGUCGGGGAUCCCAUUUACUAGAGAUGUACCACAUUAUUCUCAGUUGAUGAACGAGGGAAUUGAAGGACUUAGGAUAGGCGUGUUGAAGGAAGGCCUUCCGGAUGAAAUCGAUCCAAAUAUUGAGAAGAAGUUCAGGGAUGCAGUCAGCGUUUUCGAAAAACUGGGGGCUAUCGUACGAGAGGUCAGCGUCCCGCUUCACUCUCAGGCAAGAGGGGUCUAUUCGGUGCUCAGCAAAAUGGGGAAUCAUAUGGGCAUGUUAGGGCACGUAACAGGUCGGCGGCAAGUAAUGCUGACAGAUUUAUUUGAGAAGAAGAGCCUUCCCUACACGCCUGAAGUGGUGAGCAUGAUGAGCGUUAUGAGCAAAGAAGGGCUUCUUAGCGGCGAAUUUGCCUGGCAACACUACGCCACCGUCUAUCCGAAGGCUGUGAACAUCAUGCGGAAAAUGAGAGAUCUAUAUGAUGACAUUUUCUCUUCCGUGGACGUGAUAGUGAUGCCCACGACCCUUUCACCAGCGAACCGUCUCCCGGCGGCAGACGCAAAGCCGUUGGCCCAAAUAGAAGCGGCGAAAGGAAUGACGGAGAACACAUGUUCGUUCAAUGCUACAGGACAUCCCGCACUGGCAAUGCCAAUUGGGUUUGUGCCGUCAAAGACGGAUGAGAGCAUCAGACUACCGGCUAGUAUGCAAAUCGUGGGUAGAUGGCAUGAUGAGUUGACGAUCUUACGAAGCGCAUACGCGUGGGAGCAAGCUAUCCAGUGGAAAACCUUUUAA